AUGAGUUCCGCUGCCGAUGUGACUAAGCCUACCACUUUCAGUGCAAUUUUCAAGCAUGUUUCACCACCUACGGCAGUAGACAAUUGCCUGUAUUGUCAUCUUUUACAUCCCAAGUUCAAAAACCUCGUUGUGACACGUGGUGGACAUAUCGAAAUAUAUAAUGUAAAAACGAGCAAAACAGGAGAGAUUCGCUUUAACUGGGUCUAUGGGACCUCUGUCUAUGAAAAUAUCGCGGACAUUGUAGCUGUACGAUUUACAGGUGACCUCCUUGACUCCCUGCUCUUGAGUUUUCCAGAAGCUAAGGUUGCCGUUAUGAACUUCAACCCUGUCACCUACGAGCUAAGGACUGUAUCUCUUCACAACUAUGAAUUUGAAAACCUCAAGUCUGGUCGGAUUCACUUCACGAAGUUACCUAUUUUAAGAUUGGAUCCCCAUCAACGAUGUGCAGUUAUGCUGGUAUAUGAUCGCCAUUUAGCUGUUUUACCGUUUCGACGUACAGAAGUUUUCAUUCCCGCAGAAACAGAACCAAAACUUAUUGGUGCAAGAAAUUCAAUUUUGUGGCAACAAAGAGCAACAGCACCAUUGCUAGCCACCUUCACAACUUGUUUAAGUACAUCGACCGGAGAGAAAAUAAACAAUGUCAUUGAUAUGCAGUUUCUUCAUGGAUUUUAUGAGCCAACAUUACUGGUUUUAUAUGAAACUAUUGGUACAUGGGCGGGACGAGUUUCAGCUAGGAGAGAUACCUGUUGCAUUGUUGCACUGUCAUUUAAUCUUCAAAAACGUACCAAUCCAGUUAUAUGGUUUCAGGAAUCUUUACCAUAUGAUUGUAAUUCCGUACUUUCCAUACCUCAACCAAUAGGUGGAGUCCUCAUCAUGGCAACGAAUUCCAUUAUGUAUUUAAAACAGACUCUUCCAUCAUGUGGACUACCACUUAAUUGUUACGCACAAAUAUCAACCAAUUUUCCAAUGCGUCAGGAUGUUCCAUCCUGUGGUCCACUAACUAUUGAUGGUUGUCGUGUAGUUAGAAUGAAUGAAACACAAUUUUUAAUUGGAACACGAUCUGGCAAUCUGUACCUACUAUCACUUUGGUUAGAGGAAGCUACUCAAACUGUUACAAGUUUGUUAUUUCAUGAAGUUGGUCAAGCCGUACCACCUCAUUGUAUGGCUUUACUAGAAUCGGACUACCUAUUUAUUGGUUCACGGUUUUGUGAUUCAAUUUUAAUGAAAAUUAAUUAUUCUUUAUUAUGUGUUGAUGUAAAAGGGAACAAAGUUGAUAUUAACAAUACAGAUGGAGGUAUUGUUACAACUAAGGACAGUAUCACUGAAGAAAAUAAAGACGACGAGGCUCCUCCUCCUCCAAAUAAAUGUCCUCGUGUAGAAGAAGAAAAUAAGGAGAAAGAAGAUGAAAGUAAAGAGAAUUCAACUACUAAUACCAUCGAGGAAACUUUGACGGAAGAUAAUGGUGCUGUAGCAAUAAAGAAUUAUUACAAAUUCGAUGAAGUCGAUGUUGAACUCUAUGGUGAAAGUAUUCUUAAUCCACCAUCGUUGUAUCGAGAAAUUGUUAACUACAGUUUUCAAGCAGUAGAUCGACUUAUCAAUCUUGGACCAAUGGGGCAAAUAACAUGUGGUGAAGUUCCAUGUUUAGCUCCUGGUAAUACUGAUCCUACAGAUGAAGCACUUACGCAUGCACAAUCAGAACUGCAUCAUGUUGAAUUAAUGGCAUGUAUAACGCGUUCAUUCGGUAUUACAACGGAGAAAAAUCCAUUAUCUAGUGGUGGUAUUGCACUUUUACAUACAAGUGUAAGACCGCGUGGUCUAACUGCUUUUGAACUGCCUGAGUAUAUGAGUUUAUGGUCCCUUUAUGGCCCACCUAUACUUUCUCCUGUUCAUUCUGCGCCAGUUGAAACUGACCCUACUGUAUGCACUGAUUCUUUGCCUAAGAAACAAAAAGCACCAAAGCUUGAUAAAGAAGAGAAAAAACUGGAUGAAAAAGAAAAGAUUGAUGAAGACAAAGUAGAACCACCAGUGGAAACUGAUGAAAAUCUUGAGAGACUUCCAGAAGUCGCUGAAUUUAUUGCAGAAAUGGCAAAAGGAGAAACUUUAAAAAUGUCUGAAGGGGCAGAAAAUCCACCUGAUGUAGAUGGAAAUAAAACUAUAAAUGGUGUCGCUGCAGAGCCUGGUUCACCUGAUGGUUUGGAACAUAGUUAUCUUCUGCUAACAAGAGACGACUCUACAAUGAUUCUGGAAGUUAGCCAUGAAAUUGUUGAACUCGAAGUUAGUGGAUUCAAUACUACAGAGAUGACAGUUGGUGCAUUCAAUUUGGGUUUUGAAUAUAUCAAACAGGCUAAACAGGAAGUGGAUAAAGUCGGUGGUGAUGAGAAUAACGCCAUAUUGUCACCAACACAUGCAACACCAACUAAGCUCUCUGUGCAAGAUGAGGCUAAAUCUCUGAAAGACUAUGUUGUAGGGAUCGACUAUCCCUAUAUAUUACAGGUUUCACCAACAUCUUUACGCUUACUUGAUGGUCCAAAACUCAUCGAAUACAUUCAAGUAACAUUAGAAUGGCGUGUACAUUUAGCAAGUUGUGCAGAUCCUUAUGUCUUGUUAUGCACAGAAGAUGAUGAAUUAUUUUUAGUACAGUUGAAAAAUCCCAAUGAAAUUAAUAAAUCUGGUCCAAAUAAAAAGGCGAAUAAUAAGGUUAUUACAGCUACACUUGUUGAUGAAUAUGGGGAUCAACCAGCUAAAUCAGUGUCUACAGUUCAUUUAGAAGUUCUAAGACCAAAAGUUAGACAGGUAUCUGCACCGCUUUGCUUUAGUCUUUAUCAUGAUCGUGCUGGACAUUUAGCUCGAUGGCUUUGGGCAUGUAAAGGUCUACCCGCUGAUAAUUCAUUUUUCAAUUUACAUACUACAACUACUUCACUGGAUCAAUCAUUUAGUGGUUUAACAAAUGCAUCAUUGCAUGAAUCUGGAUUGACUACACCAAAUUAUGAUUCAACAGACAAACGUGAGCAUGUAAUCAGCAUAACUGACGAAGAAAAUAUUCUACUUUAUGGGGAACCAAUUGAAUUGUGUAAAAGAGAAGACGGUUCAACAGUUAAUACUAGCAAUACAUCGAAACCACGACGUUCUACUGUAUCUUUUUCAUCUUUGAACAACAGCAUUAUGGAAACCGGUGAUAUUGUUGAUGGCGUCGGAUCUGAGCCUCCAUCGAAAUACUUCGCUUUUAUUGUAUAUACCAAUGGUGUACUUGAAAUUUAUAGUCUACCAGAAUUUACAUUACUCUAUGAGGUUCAUCAUUUUACUGGUCUUCCACAAAUGUUAAUCGAUCAUAGAGGUGUGAGUAGUGACCAACUUCAAUCGCAAUAUCCAAAUCCACAAAGUGUACCAUACGGAGAAGACGAUAGUAUACCGCCGCCUGUUUUGGAAAUUCUUGUAUUCCCUAUUGGUAUUGAUAAAGACAGACCAGUGUUGAUGGUUCGAACCAGUCAAGAAAUAGCAUUUUUUGAAGCAAUAUGCCCUUCAAUAAAUGAAGCCUAUCCUCUUAUUUCUGGAUCAUUUUAUGAAGGCAGAUUACGCUGGAGACGCUUACCUCUAGCUUGUCCGCUUAUUGCACCACGUCGUAUUCGAACUGAUCCCAAGAUAAUGGAUGUUCAGUCAACGCUAUUAACGCGGAGUCAUAUGUUAAGAAGUUUCGAAAAUAUCGGUGAUCAUCGUGGUGUAUUUGUGUGCGGUGGGAAUCCUAUGUGGCUGUUUGCUACAGACUCUGGACAAAUUCGUGUAUUUCCACAUUCUAUUGAUGGACUGAUGGGUAGUUUUGCACCGUUGAAUGCAAGUAUCUGUCAUUCAGGCUUUGUCUAUUUCACAUUCUCUAAUGAAAUGCGUUUAGCAACUUUACCACCUGGUUAUUCAUUCACUGAACAUUUGGGCUUGAAAUGGAUUACUCUUGAUCCAGUACCAUAUUAUGUACAAUAUCAUAUAGAGAGUAAAACAUAUGCUGUGGUUGGUAUUCAAUCGAAACCCUGUCAAUCUGUAUUUCGAUUAAAUGCUGAGGGUAUUAAAGAAGAAGACGUAUUAGUUCGUCCAAAGACAUGUAUUCUACCAACCUUGGAUUACUAUUCUUUGCAAAUGUAUGCACCAAGUUUAGAGGGUAAACAGUCAUCCUGGCAAUUAGUUCCAAAUACACAUAUUGAAUUCGAACCAUGGGAGGUGAUCACCUGUCUGAUAACAGCACAAUUAGCAUCUGAAGAAACAUUUCAUGGGACUAAAGAUUAUUUGGCAUUAGGUGCAAAUUUAUCCUACGGUGAAGAAAUACCUGUGCGUGGACGUAUUCUGAUACUGGAUGUAAUUGAUGUAGUCCCAGAGCCUGGUAAACCACUCACCCGUCAUAAACUAAAAGUAAUACAUGAUGGUGAACAAAAGGGACCAGUUACUGCGUUAACUAGUUGUCAAGGCCACUUGAUCAGUGCAAUUGGACAGAAGAUUUACAUUUGGUCAUUGAAGAAUGCUGAUCUUGUUGGUGUGGCUUUUGUUGACUCAGAGUUAUACAUACAUAAUUUAUUAUGUGUAAAAAAUUUAAUCUUAGCAGCAGAUGUAUUAAAAUCUGUUCAGUUGUUAAGAUUUCAAUCAGAUCUACGCGUUCUAUCUGUUGUUAGUCGAGACAGUAUCGCAAGAGAAGUAUAUACCUCCAACUUUUUUGUAGACGGUCGACGAUUAGGCUUUAUGGUGUCUGAUGAACUUGGAAAUGUAGCUAUCUACGCUUAUGAUCCAUUAGAUCCUACAAGUCGUUGUGGAAGACGUCUUGUUCGUUGUGCAGAUGUACGUUUACCAUCACGUGCAACAUGUUCACUUCGUGUAGCAAAUCGUUUAAGACAUGCACUUCUGUCUGUGAAACCUUCAUCGUCAUCAUCAUCAUCAACAACAACAACAACAGUAACUGGAUCUUCUACGAUUAAUCCAACCACUAGUUCUGACACUGUGAAACAAUCACAACAACAGUCAACAGCUGAUUCACAAAUAACAAACAAUCUAAAUCCUGGCGUUGAUCCUGAAAAAUUUAGACAGUCAAUUUAUUUUGGCACUCAAAAUGGUUCUAUUUAUCGUAUCGGUCCUAUUCGUGAUAAAAUGUAUAGCCGUUUACGCAUAACUGAGAAGAAUUUAAUUCAUCAUCUUGGACCAGUAUGCGGUAUGGCGCCAAAAUCUUGUUGGUCAUAUCAUCGUCCUCAGCCAGAAUUAGCAAAUCCAUGUGGAAAAGUUGCAGACGGUGAUUUGAUUUGGCGAUAUCUCACGCUACCUCAUUGUCAGCGUUUAGAGAUAGCUAAAAAAUCUGGUCAAAGCUUGGAAAGUAUUAUGGAUGAUAUUGCUGAAGUCUUAUCAACUACACUGCAUUUUUGA